AUGGAAGGAGAUAGAGGAGGCUUUUCAAGAGGAUUUGGAAGGGGCUUGAGGGGUGGAAGAGGCGGCCGUGGUAGAGGACGAGGAAGAGGAAGAGGAAGAGGUUCCGCAGAAGAUGACUUGAAGAACUGGGUACCCGUAACAAAGUUGGGACGUUUGGUCAAGGAAGGAAAAAUAGUUUCCAUCGAAGAAAUUUAUUUGCAUUCCUUGCCCAUUAAGGAGUAUCAAAUUAUUGAUUACUUUUUUCAACCUGGGGAAUGUGCCCACCCCUUAAAGGAUGAUGUUGUGAAAAUUAUGCCUGUACAGAAACAAACACGUGCCGGACAGAGAACAAGAUUUAAGGCAUUUGUUGCCAUUGGGGACGGAAAUGGACAUUGUGGCUUAGGAGUAAAGUGCGCCAAAGAAGUGGCAACUGCCAUUAGAGGUGCAAUAAUUGCUGCUAAACUGUCUUUAAUUCCUGUGAGAAGAGGAUACUGGGGAAACAAAAUCGGAGACCCCCACACGGUGCCAAUGAAAGUGUCUGGAAAAUGUGGUAGUGUUCGUAUUCGUUUGGUGCCAGCUCCAAGGGGUACGCAGAUCGUGGGUGCUCCAACGACGAAGAAAAUGCUUAACUUUGCGGGCAUUAAGGAUUGCUUCUCCUCCUCUUGUGGAAAGACCAAAACAAGGGGCAACUUUUUAAGGGCCAUUUUCAACGCCUUGAGCAAAACAUACGGCUACUUAACUCCGGACUUAUGGAAGGUAACCAAGUUUGACAAGUCUCCAUAUGAGGAAUGGUCAGAUUUCCUGGAGACCUACCAGAACAUGAAGAUUCAGAAGCAGACGCCUUAGACGGUUUGAAGAUACAAACAUGCAAAUAGGAAGAAUUGCCAGAUGGAUUAUUACCCAAAAGGUGCAUUUUUGCGGAAUGUUGGCGCUUUUUAAGUGUAAAGAAUGAAGAGGCGUAACCUUUUAUAUGCUACAGGGCGACUUCUGCUAUACGUCCCUUUUUUUCAUUUCUUCAUAUCACUUGUUUUCACCCAAACGAAUGUUGCUUAUUUAAAAUUUUCACAUUAAAAAAUAAAAAAAAUUGUACAGGCGGAUUUUUUUUUUUUUUUUUUCUUAUAAACCUAAUUGAAAUAAAGCAAACAUAGCAGUUCAAAUUUAAUGGUGAUAUAUU